UGACUAGAUGGGUAAAAAUUGCAUGGGACCAAGUUGAUUCUGCCUAUAUUAGACGGUCUUUCAAGUGUUGUGGCAUCUCUAUUGCUCAAGACAGAUCUGAACAAGAUAUGAUGUUUGACUAUGAGUGGGCAAAGAAUCCGGAGGUUCAUAAGCCUAGCCUGGGUGAAGAUAGAUAUAAAGAAGGAGACAUGGACAAAAAUGAGGAAGACACAUAUUAUAAAGAUGAAAUGAUUGAAUAUGAUAAUAUAUGA